UGCGUGUGACUUUUUCCGGUUCUACUGUUCGCCCGCCGUUUCUAGCUCUACUUUUUUCUCCUGCCGCAGCACAGCGUGGAAUUUGUUUUGAUCGCCUAACUCUGAUCUCGUCGCGGAAUCGGCAAAAUAAAUGUUAAUUUGCUGUUCAAAAGCGGCACCGAUUUUGUUUUAAUGAACGAGCUGGCAGAUUGAUGCUAGGGAUUUGUUUCCCGUACGAAAUCUUUAUUGUGCGUAGAAGCACGACCAUGACGUGUGUUCUUCACCCGCCUCUACCGCCCCUGUCCCAGUUUCUUUUGGCUUACGAAUUCGUUCCACGUUUCCCCGCAGUUCGCAGUUCUGGCGGUUUUUGCUGGCAAUUGCCACGAAGUUUUUCGCCGAGGGAACGAUUGUUAAAAGCGCGCUCGACACAUCUCUGCUUCGUUCCCAAAUUGUUGCUCCUUGAUUAUCGCACACAGCAGUCUGGAUUUUGUCCUUCGGGAUGGGAGUCAGGCUCCGGUUUCCCGUCAUCGUCCACGUGUUUAGAACGAUCACGAAGCCGUACCACGCUAUGAAUCUUUCGACCAUCUUUCUUCCCUGUUGAAUGUAUUUCUACCAACAGAAAAGGACCGGUUCCCGUGUGAGGUUCGCGUUACGCAGAGUGCGUGCUGGGGAAUCGCGUGCCGUCCAAUGUGUAUGGCUCAUCCUGUCCGUUCAGUUUCGUUAUAUUUUAACAGCAGCCUGCCGACACCCGCAACACAGGCUUCCCCCGUCACCGGCGAGUCCGGUGCCGGACUCUCUCUAGCAUUUCUCCACUGGAGUUGUGUUCGGGUCAGGACCUCCUGCAGCUUCUCGCUCUCGCAUUUUUCUUUUGUGCCUCUCUUCUGACUUCGUUUCUUUUUGACUUUUCAACUUAACGUCACGCUGCUUCUCGGGAUUCUACCUUCAUCAUGCAUCAAGGGUCUGGCGCGGAGCGCGUCCCACAGGGCGGGGCGUGGGCGGCGCGUAGUUUCGAAGAUUCUGGCGAGACGCGUCGUUCUGUCCGAAGUGCGACGUCAGGCCACAGCGAAUCUGCCACUGGUGAGGGGGUGAGGCCUCUGCUCUUCCCCUCUAUCCCUGCGGCUGGUUCUGCCUCCCCAAGUAUCCAACACGUUCACACACCAUGCGUUGCCUCUCCCGCUGAAGACCUGUAUUACUCUACGUCUCAAGGUGGCGCUUUGAAUAGACCUUCUUCCCGAUCGAGACAGGCGUUGUUUCCUGUUCCAGAGGCAACUCUGGAUCCCUCUUCGGGCGUGGUGUCUCCUCACCCCUCGCCUGGAGGUCGCCCGUCUCGAAAUAGUUACCUUCCCUUUCGGGUGUCUAGGCAAAGUGUCGCUUCUCCGGCAUCCAGACACGAAGAAUCCGUUUUCCCCGCCGGAACGGAGGCUUCUGUUUCGGCGGCGCCUCCGCUCUCUGCGUCUUUCGCCUGGCGCGUGCUUGCGGAGCAGAGGCGGCAGCGCCACAGCCAGCUUUCCCUAGGUCAGGUGUAUGCACACCUGUACACUCCGGGAGCUUCGCGCAGUCCGUCUGCGCGCCUGCCGCCUCUCCCUCACUCCUCGCUUCGGCCCGCGUCGCUUUUGUCUUCAACCUCUGGAGGAUCGCUGGCGUCAUCCCGGCACGGUGACGAGAGAUCUCAGAACACGCCUCACGGUCGGGGACGGAGAAGCAGCCCGAGUCCGGGACUGGGCUGGGGAGCCGUACGCCGUUCGCGAUGGCGCCUGGGCCCGCCGUCCUCCGCUUCUCUUCCAUCGCUCGGUUCCCGACCGCCCACGCCUUCGUCGGGUGUAUCUACAGUCCACGGGUUUUGGACCACCGCGGGGACCCCGGGCGACAGGGACAUGUCCGCUGACGGCCCGGCCGUGGCGGUACCUCUGUCUGGGACCCACCGUGCCGCUUUCUCGUCACUUACGCCCGGUCCAGACACGCGCUUUCAUCCGUAUCGGCGAGGUGCGACGCCUGCCAGCUCCACAGGAUACCGAUGGUCUCUCAGCUCGACUGAGAGAGCGGCGGUCGAGUUCCAGCCCCACCCUGAUGCCCAGCUAGCGCAGGUGGCUUCGCGAAUUCCCGCGUCAACCAGCUCAUCCUUUUCGCCUGUUCAGGCUGUCGGCAGCUCUGGGGUUAUGCUCCAGUCAUGCCCGAGCGCCGGUUUCUUGAGCCAGGAUGGACCGAGUUCGACAAUCCAGGCGGACGAGGGAGAGGCAUACGAAGGGGGAGACAGAGCUUCCGGGGGACCUUCUGGCGCAGGCGGAGAGAUAUGGGACGGUGCGCCGUCUGCCCUGUCUAGCAGUGUCGCCGCGUCACCUGUGGACAUUGGAGAAGCGGCUGUCCAAGCACCGGAAGAGAAUGCCACCGACGUCGGGCAGGGGCCGAUGGCCCUUGCGAGUCGCUGGCUGCGGAAGUUGGUUCAGAGUGCUCGAGGAGAGGACACGACCUGGAGUGGUCAACAAGAGUUGCAGGAGGACUGUGGCACCUCGAAAUACCAACUGUCUUUCACGAGUCAGACCGACAAUCUGCCAGGGUUCCUCCCUCCAAACAGUUCUUGCUCGUUUCCAUCUUCCGUGGUUCUGCCCAUGUCGAACAGUGAACGUGGCAAAGCGGACGGAGAAGCCCUCGCUGGCAUCACAGCCGAGCGGCUUUGUGAAGGAGGCGAGAUGAAGAGUCGAGGCACAUGGCUGUAUCGUGCUCCCCCCGCAAAGAGGCUUCUCGCUUUGAAUGAAGCUGGAACGAGCGCGUACACUCCGGGGGAUUCUGGCGCGGAACCAGAUGCCUGGUUCGCAAAGGCCGGGGCUGAGGGACCCGCGUUCCCGAGCGACAGAGAGGGAUUUUUGUCAGCGGGAAAGACGACAAGAAGUCUGGUCAACCCGGACUACGCCCUCGACCCGUGGAGGGGUGUGUUUAGCGACAGCCAGGAGGCUCUCACCGCUUCAGCAGAGAGCGGCCGACAGAACAGGAACGUCGCCAUAGAGGCGGCUGGUCCUGAUGAUGGGCUCGCACCACGGUGGAUGGACGAACUCGUGAGUGCCAUGACGAUUCAGCAACGAGAGAGGCUGCUGUCCCCCGCUUUCUUCCGGCCUUUCACGUUGGAGGAAGUGGCCCAGUCGCUGGAGGAGCUCGUGCGGAUCUACGCCGACGACGAGGACAUCUGCUCAGACGCAGAAGAGAGUGAUGGCGCGGGCAAAGGCGUCAGUGAAGCACGGGAAAGAGCAAACGCAGGCAGAGUGUGUCUUUCCGCUUCUCUCUACAAAUCUGUUCACGCGUCGUCGGACGCAAGCAAGGCGUCGAACGCUUGGGGCAGUCCUCUGUCGUCUGUCAGCUCGAGUGGAGUGCCUCAAGCAGGCUCCGCCGUCCCGACAACUGUCGCUGCGGUGGAAAACAGCCAAGCGAAUUCGUCGGCUCUGGCACAAGGCUCCCGAACGUAUGAUGCCGAAACAAACAGGGACGGGGACGCUGCGAAGGCUUCUGGAGACGGGGAACAACGUGGAAGUGGAGAUUCCGCAGAGAGCGAUGUUUCGGGAGACAAGAACCGGUGCGAGGCUACGCGAAGGAAGUCGAAAGACAUCAGUCAGACUGAACGCGGCGGGCUUCUCUUUGCCUUCAACGCGGGUGUUCUCGCCCACCGCGAAAAACUUGAGAGCUUUGUAUUUCUGCUGAAUGUGCUGCGCCACCUGAAAGGCGUGCUCUCUGCGUGCCGACAGCCGGUGAGUGGACCGGACUCAGGUCGCCUCACGUUCGCGGCUGUCGCGGCCCGUGAGCUCUCUGGGUCCUCGGGAUUGUCCCUGGGUCGCCUCGAUUUCCUCGCCGACCCAGCCAAGACGAAACACGCAGAGAAAACCGCGUCCCAGUUUUGGGGCGAGCAGGCUGCGCUCAGCGCGCGUGCCCUGGUGGAGGCGCAAACGCAUGCGGGAUGGACUGGAGUGUGGCCGCUUCUGCCGCAGGACGCCCGCCGAGCCCUCGGGCGAGCUGUUGAACGGGCGCGGAGUUUAGACGCCGCAACCCAAGAGCUCGCUCGGGUGUAUCUUCACCUGCAGGAUGGAGAGUGGGAUUGGGGGCGCCCCCGUCGCUCCCGGGACUCGCAGAGGCCAGACGCGGUUUUGGCGGAUCAGCGGGGGUGUUGGGCGCCGAACGCGUCCUUGCCCAAGCGGGUGGAAAGGAAGAGUGCGGGAGCGCACGUGGAGAGAGAAUUCAUUCGCGUCAAGCGGCUUGGCGACGGCACGGAGCUAUGGCGAGUUGUCGAGAGGACGGAAGCAGCGCCGGGAGAUGGGCGAUCUCUUUCUUCAGGGGAGGACGCAGAGGAGGCACGAACAGGCUUUUCGUGGAGCGCGUUACUUGGUCAUGGCGUCCACCCGCGGGAGGAACUGAAAGGGUGGCAGUUGGCCGUCCAGACACUCUUCCAACACCCGGACGACGCUUGCGGCGGCGUUCGCCGACUCGCAGAAGACACAGGAAUUGCGGUCACCCCCAGUACGCUUGCACUCUUGGAGGAAGUUGAGAAAGAGUUAGGGGGACCUGUCAGAUCGCACUUGUCGAUGCUGUCGGAGGAUUUCUUGGAAAUUCUGUCUUCCCUCUUUCCCGGUCAAACCCCCCGCGUCGAGUGUAUCGACAUGCUGGCGGCGAUCCUGAACACCAUGGAUUUCGUUUCGCUCGGUGCUGCAGAAUACUCGUCGCUCGGUUCUUCUCCUGCUACCUCGAACAGUUUUGAAGCCGGUGAACUUGACAAACAUCCGCUAAAACAGCCUCUCGUUCACUGCGUCGAUGCCAUCCAUGUAGCAGAUGGAAUUCUGGAUUGGCGAACUCCCCGCAUGCAGACAGUGGUGUUGCAGCUCGUCCAAGACGCUGGAAUUCAUUUUCAGCGUCUGUGGAACCGCAUGACGGCGGCCACUGCUGGCAAUUCUCUUGGGGAACAAGCAGCUGAGGCGCACUUCUUGAUUCCUCUCUACGGGCCUUUUACUGCCUACCUCAUUGUGUUCAAGCUGGAAAGACUUCAGGGGUCGAAAACACCGACGACGAAGCCAAAUUCGUGUAGCGUUCGCGGAGAUGAAUGCCGCUGCACAUAUCAAGUCCUAGACUGCAUGGCUGCAGCAACCCGUAGGGACGCGGAAACACAAGAACGUCGCGCUGGAGAUGUCGAGACGCUUGCGUCUCUGAUCUCAACGAUGCUGUGGACUAAAGGAAGUUUGCGAUUUCUGAAAAAGGCUCCAGAUCCGGGCACGCUGGAGGAGAAGGUGAUGAUGAGCGUUUUGCCCUCUCCGCAGUCGCGGACGUGCGUCCCAUCGUGUAACGGUGUCUUGCCUAACGGCAGCUCAGUACAGGUGCUUGAUGAGACUCGUUUUUGCGAUGUUAGUCAAGAUACUCAAGCCACGAUCGCACUGUUGACGGACACCGGCAAGUUCACCCUUGAUUGCUGCGGCAUCAUCCUGUUGUUCAGCAUUGAGGCGUUCUAUAGCGGACAUCGCGCAGGCCUUCUGAAGCCAGCGGCUGUACCAGGUCUUCGUUUUUUGUAUGCAAGACGAAUCCUGGAAGUUUUUGUUUUGCGAAAGUCGUUGUUUCAUUCUUGUGCUCUGCCCAUGUUUUGCGCCGUUGAAAGGUCUUGCAGUGCGAGGAAGCCAAUAAUGUCUUUGGAUGCGCCAUCGCCUCCUGCCAGCGUUCGGCAAACGCUUUACUUGGGAGCAGGCGUUUGAGUGACCACAGCUUUCGACUGGCACCACGGCAUUCGGUCCUGAGCAGUAGCGCUGACUGUAGUGUAACCAAAGUGUCAAUCGCUGUGUUUUUAUUUGAGUCGUCUGCUUGGCACUGUCCCAUGACUUACAUGAGACAUAUUUUCCAUGUCACUCCGUCUGGGACAUUCGUGGUGAGCCAGCUGCAAGCAAUGUGGUGCAGCAGAGAAUUAUAACGUUUCUGUGGUGGUUUGGUGUGCACCGAGAGACGCAUUGGGGUUGAAAGAGAGGAGACUGGCUAUGGGUGGUACUGUGACACACGAAACAGUGGGAUGCACGUUGCUGUGAAACAAAUUGGCAGACAGAUGUGCUAUAUGUACGAUGCGAAGACAGGGGAAUGUUAUGCUCGAACGUUUC